GUACAAUCGUAGCAUGCAUCCAGCAACAUCUGCGUGUAGACUUUAUCUUGAGAGAGGACAUAAAACGACUCAGUUCAAUGUAUCCACUUGACUGGGAUCCAGCUGCACGCAAUCUUCAUUUGCUAGCAGGUCAAGGGGUUAUGGCGACAGCGACUAUACAUAUAGCUCCGAACGGUUCAAUCAGUCUUGUGAAAAUUAGGAAAUCAUCCAAUCCAGAUCAUCCCAAUCCACAUUUGGCAGAACCACGUAAUUUUGUUCCACCGAUUUCGUGGUCUUUAGAUGAGUGGUUGAUGGAAAUCAAUGACUUUUGUAACUCAGUCAUCCCAACAAGCUAACUAUUUUCAAUCUACUUAUGCAAUUCCAUCUCAAUUUUCUCACCCGACAAUACCUAUUUUUUAACUGUGAGAUUGUUAUUUCUAAUGCUUUUAAUAAAUGUACAUACCUGGUGCCACAAAUUCAUAAUUGACUUUGCAUGUAAAUAUGCUUUACUGCACAUGUUUACAGCCAAACUAUAGUCUCUUGUGUAUGGAUACGGAACAUCCAGCGAGGAAUUGAUGUUUACCGUAUACUUUAGUAUGUGUGUCGACUGAGGCGGUUAACUGCUGAUUCGAAUGACGCUUCAUCCAAUUUAGAUAUCUGGUGUAAUAGUUGUACGCAUUAACAGAUUUUACUCGAAUUCCUUUUCUUACCGAAAUUCAUUUUAUUUUGGACUACUUUGCGUGAUUUCUGAUAGUGGUUGGAUUCUGCGGAAAUUCACUGAUGUUAUGAACUUGCUUUAAUUCAUAGGAAAAGGAUCACCAUUUGAUAAGCAGUAAAAAAUUGCUCCAGUAUAAAAUCUGGAGACCGGUAACUCUGGGUCAUGAGAACUCGAUGAUAAAUAGUUUAAGAUCACAUUGUUACUACUCGUUUUUAAAAUAAUAUUUUCUGAUGGUCAAGCUAUCCAGCUCAGAGAACAACACUCCAGCGAAACCACUCACCUGGGCCACAAAUCUUCAUUUCAACGUCCACGUAGCUUGGAACACUACAAAUUUAUAUAUGGUAACAAGUUGUCAGUAGUCGCGUCCUGUUAGAAUUUCGGUAAAUGUACCUUUUAGAUAUAUUUUGUGAUGACGGCUCGACGAUUGGAUACGCAUAGAAACUAUGAAGUUUCAAUUAGUUCAAAUUAAAAAUAUCACUAAUGAAAUUCUGUUCGCCAUCUAGUAUAUAUUAAAAAUUAAAAAAUUACCACGAUAUUUUGCAACAUGGUGAGACUUCUCUUCAAGCAAAAUUAAAAAUGAAACAACUCUUGAAAUCUGAUUCGUCUUAUUAAAUGAGUAGUUAACGAUGGAAGAGUUAUAAAUUCUUUAGGUAAGUUAUCCUGAGCCAUCACACAUCAACAAAACUGCGUUACGUUCAGACCACUUAGUAUGUAUUCAGUAGUCUAUAACUUAAAUUUAAAAUCGAUAAGCUUAUUAUUUUGUUGGUGAUAGAAUACCUGAUGGAGGGUCUGUGUGCGCUGUUUCGAUCUCCGGAGAAUUCGGUGGCAUUGGUCUAUUCAAGAGCUCUCCAAAGAGUCCUGCUUCGAUGUUUUGGUAAUCUUGACAAACAUUGAUCGGUUCUUCUUCCUUGUUAUCGACUAGUCGCUUUGGUCUACUAUAUUUCCCUGCAAGCGUUUUGGUUGUGUCACAGUUCUCCCGUACGUUUUUUAUCUUGAAGCUUAUUUUGCUGUAGUUGUCAGGUCCUUUGUACAUUUCCGCUUGUCAGCUCGAGUACUCUUCUUCACUCGUUUGUUUGCCACUGUAUAUUUGGCCUGUCUUGGCCUUCUCUGCUGUUGUUGGCUGCUGUCUUCUUGUUUCUCCUUUCUUGAAUCCUGGUCAGGCUGUUUACUAAGACCCUUUCCUUAUCCUGGUGCUUCUUGAGACCCAGCAUCUCUCGGUAUGUCGAAGUUAUUGCUUCUUUAAUCCAUUUCCAAUUGUUCCCCAUAAUGGUUUUCUUUUCUAAUAGAUCGUGUAAGGCUUAGAACGUUUUUCUGAGAUUUAUCUUGAACUCAAUGAGCUUGUUAGUAUCUUCAAGGAAGGCUGUAUCGGACUUUUGUGGUGUCGCUUGUCCAAUGCUUUUUUAGCUUCAGCUUGCUUGGUCACCACUAGGCGGUGAUCUGAAGCCAUGUCAGCUCCUCUCUUUGUUCUUACGUUUCCAGUUAAUCUCCCGAAUGUCUUAUGCAUGUAUAUGUGCCUAAUCUAGUUUCCCGCAGUGUGCUCUGGUGGGACCCGUGUAGGUUUAUGGAUCCGUUUGUGGGGAAAAUUACUACCGCCUCUGAUCACGUUGUUGGAAGCAUACAGAUCUACCAGUCCCUCGCCAUUCUCGUUCCAUUCUUCUACUCCAUGUGGCCAUUAGGUUUGUUCUCAAUCGUGUUGCAGGUCCCGACCGUAGCUUUCAGGUCCCCCAUAAGGAUGGUUAGGUGUGUUCCUGGGCAUCAAUUUGGGGUGAACUACAGCCUCGCAACAAACUGGUCUUUAUCACCUUCUCUGCCAUCAUUUGUGAGCGAAUAGCACCGAAUAAAAUUCACUGCAACCCUUUGCUUCUCUGUUUCAAGGAUGCCUCGAUGAUCCUGGAACCGUAGGUUUUCCAUCCCGUAAGCGCUUCUCGUCCUUCUUUUGACAGCACCAGUACAACUUGAGCAUUUAGAGCAUUUUCUUCUUCAUGACCAGAAUACAACAACAUCUUCCUUGGCGCCGUUCUUUUUGUUCAGAUUGUGUCUGAUGGGUUUCAGUUAUUUCAAACACGGUCAAGUUGUAUCUUUCCAUUUCCGCCACUAUUUAAAUGGUUGUCCCAGUCCACCACAUCGUCCGGAUAUUCCACGUGUCUAUAUUAUUUGUUGCUCUGGUUUUCAUAAGGACUAUCGACCUCGUGAUUUUCGAAGAAUCUCGGCCUCCACCAUGAAUCACCAUCCUCUAUAUGAAGACCCUUUAACUAUAAAUGCAGAGUUUAAAUGGUUUAAACGAUCUUUUCCGGUGAGGUCUUUUCUAGACGUGAAAAUGGUAACCCUUCUCUCUCAUCUGCGCUUAGGUGGAGCAGUGACCAUAGAGGGGCUACUGGUGGGGUCGGAGCCACGGUUAUUAUGAGAAUGAUAUACCACGACUUCUAUCCACUAGUGUUUCAGUUAAAACUCGCUUCUGCCAGCUCUUUUCAGCUCUUAAAACACUCCAGCCGAGUACAGAUUCUUUUUGUUGGUUAGCGCGUGUUACGCUUGCUUAGCCAUUAGCUAUUCUGACGUUUGACACGAAAGUAGGCUGGAAGAAGCUUGGAGUAUCCGAUUCAAGAAGUAAAAUCAGUUAAUGAUGUCAUCGGCUGUUGGUGGAAUCCAAAUCAACAGGUAUCGACCUCCUGAUUGGAGUUCAUACAACACUGAUAAUCAGGGGUUGAAGACAGAUGACUUGGCACAAAUCAGUCGUGAUAGAUCAUUGUUUGUGAGUUGCUCUCUAAAUUUUAGGAUAGAUACCAUUAAUAGCCUUCAUUGGAACAGCAUAUUUCAUGUUUAGGUCUCCAUUGAUUCUAUCUUACACUUCUUCCUUUUGUCCUCUUUCCUCUUGUUGACGGGAAAUGUCCCGACCGUAGCUGCUACCUUGUCAUCGUGGCCUAGCUUGCCGAUUGUGAUCACUCAGCCAAGCUAUAUCGGCUGGAAUACGUAUUCCUUUAAAUUCCAUCAUACCAGCCAGGUCGGUUGUAGAGUGGUUGGAUUAGGAGCAGUAACUGAAAACUCGAGGGCAAAGUCGUACUGCUGACUGUGGAAGGAUGUGACAGCAGAGAGAUGUUUCCUUUGAACACAUUACAUCUUCAGAGAUGUUUCCUCCUCACAAGGAAGAUCAAACGCUUCCCAUAAAAACGCCGUUCGAGACCGGCCGCAAGCAGUUGUCCCUUGAGCUUUGUGGUCACGAUUCCUGGUCGCUAAAGCCACCAAUAAUCUGGGCUGGUUCCAGAUCUGAAGGUGGAUGUAUAGAUCAAUGAUUCACCUUUUUGCACGUUUUGGAAAAUAGACGUACUUCUCGACGUCCGACUAUCGUUGUAUUCCUUUACCUUGUGGAGGAGGAAUUAGUUACUCCAAGUGGUGUCCUUCAAGUUUGUUUGCUUUUCCCAUUUUUAUUUAACUUUUUCAUAGACAUGCUCUUAGAGAUAACACUUUCGCAGUCUUACUUUACAAGGGUUGAUCUUCUACCAGAAGAUUCACUUGUUGACUUGGAAUACGCAGACGAUAUAAUUCUGUUCGGUGAAAACGAUGACAGAAUACAGUCUUCCGACCAGCUUAAGCAACAAUGCAAACAUGUUUGGGAUGCGGUUACCUUCCCCAAAUGCGAAUUGUUGCUUAAGAAUUGGUUUGAGUCAGAACCUGAAUUAUUGAUAGGGAUUGAAGUAGUUGGACGCAUCGACUGCUUCACUUAUCUUGAGAGUCUCAACAGUCUCAAUGAUCUACUGUCUGAUGAAAUCUCGGCACGAACUUGGAAGUCUUGAUUAGUUUUUGUCUACUUGCAUCACUUGUGGCGUGGGCGAGAUAUCCGUUUGCAAACCAAAGGACGUGUUUACGUAGUAGCAAUUCGCUCCGUGUGAAAGAAGCACAUUAAGAAUAGAGGAUAUUCAUAGGUAGCUAGUAUUCGACCCUAGAUUUCUUCGAACAAUUGCUCGUGAAAUUUCGGACCACUGAGCAAUCAUCGUCUGGGUUAGAAACUAUUCACUUCUUAUGUGGUUUAUUGGCCUUAACAACGUUGAUGUUGGCAUAUCAAACAUUACCUAUAGAAGCUUCUCAUAUGCUGCACUUGAUUGCUUACUCCCGUUACUCUUUGUGGGGCAGCUUUGGCCGUCCACCAGAAUUCUCCACCGAACUCUGUCCUGAACAAUCCUUUGCAGUUGCUAUUCAUCCUUUUCAUGUCUGUUUCCAAUUCUCGACACAGUGUUCUUUUGCCUUAAUCCUUUACGUUUCGAUUCAGGAUUCAAAGUUACCACUUGUUACAGUUUGAUUAUUCCCGCAAUUUAUUUCCUAUCCGCUUCAAGAGUCUUUUCCUAAUUUCCUCUUCAACUGGAAGCUGGUUUUUUUCUUCCACAGUUGGCUGUUACUGAUUGUUUCCGAUCAACGGACAUUGAGCAUCUUUCACAGAAAAUUGUUUAGAAGCACGUGUACCUUUUUGUACUGCACUUACAACGUACAAUUUAAAUUUAAAGAUAAUAAUAAGUAUAUAGAUAGAUCUAUGAUGUUUAAAUAGUAUAAAGGAGACUAGGUCGGAGAGCUUAGCCAAUGCAAACAUCCUGAGUCUACGAAUCGGAAUAGUUUAGCUUAUCUUGUCAUUGUGUCUUUGAUCCUUCGUUCCGUUCACCGCUUUUAGGUGAUCUCUUAACCACUUCAAAUAUAACAGGAGUUUGGCCUGACAAUUUCAUCGCUGUGCUAAUGAGUUAUUGCAACUUGAACCGAUGGACAUAUGUACGAGGUUCCACGUUGCGACUGACUGAUGUGAAAUGUGACGACUUGAACUGAUGGACACGUACGAAGUCCUAAGUAAAUGAUGACUGACUUACCUGGUCGGACGACUUAAUCCAAACUUUCAGCCGAUAUUUGUAUGCUUGGAACCUAUGUUACAUCAAUUUAAGGAAAUUCAUACCUUUUACUUACAUUGAGUAUGACUCGGAGUCGUGUUUAUGAAUUGGUAGUUUGUCACUGAGUCGCAUCUAUGGUGAUAUUUUGAUUAUACGCCGGUGAGAAUGCUGCGACUUAAUCUAGAUCAGUGUUCCGUUUUAUUUGUUCAUUUCAAGGUACACAGGACACUUAGUACUUGUAUCAAAUAAGAACAAAAUCUAUAUUGUAUUUGUAUUUGGUAUUUGUAAGGACGUGUUUGCGUCAAUGAAGGUGUUAAUUGGUUUUGAUUCAAUAAAAAUGGUUCGCAUUAUCAUUGUAAGGUAUCCAAGACUAAUAAACAGAGCUCUUUCUGUACUUGCAGAUUAGAUUUUGAAUAUGUCUGAAAAGAAACGGAAGCAGCGGUUAGCUGGUGAUAAACUCAAUGAAAACCCACUGAAGCCUACACUAGAAGAAAUCGAUGUUGCGAAUUACUUACAUAAAAAGCUACCAUCUAAAGAAGGGCGUCUCUCAGGAAUGAUUGUUCGCACAUUCGUAGCAAUGGAAGCCAUCGAGUUACUGAUGAAUUCCCAUUGGGCUAGACCAAAUGACGAUGCCAAACCAACUCUUUUUACAAGUCAAACUACUGCAGUUAAUUUCAUGACAACUUUGUUUCAGAAGCAAAUGUUUCAGCGGUAUCUAAACACGUGAAGUGCUCAUAAUCUUUAUUUUAGUGCAGUUCGUGUCAAGAAAAAGUCCACUAAACACCGAGAAGAUGCGAAAUCAUUGAAGCCUAAACUGAAAAAGCUUACAGAUGGAAAGCUUGUCACCAGUAAAAAUGUUGUCGACGCGACUUCAGAUGAAAAUUUGAGUUCUCAAGAUCAUGAUUCUAAAUCGCCCAAAUUUGGCAUUUUCUCAUCCAUCUCUUCCAGUAUUAACGAAUUCACAAUGAAAUCUCCCAAUAAGAAACCCAUGCGACUAGAAAUUGUGGACGAGCAAAAAUUUGUACUUGAUGAUCCACACACAUUUUAUGUUUGGAUCUAUGAACCACCACCGGGACUAUUUACAUGGUUGGCUGGUGCAUCUUUAAUUAUUGGGAUUAUACUAUGUUGUUUAUUUCCUAUUUGGCCAUCAGAACUACGCCAAGGUGCAUAUUAUUUGACUAUAACUGCUUCAGGACUUUUAGGUCUUUUACUUUUCGUAGGAUUAUUGCGUUUCUGUUUUUAUUUGCUUGUCUGGUUAUCUACUUUAGGUCAAUACAGUUUUUGGAUAUUUCCUAAUUAUUUUGAAGACUGUGGUUUCUUCGAGUCAUUUCGUCCAUUGUAUUCACUUAAGCAUGCAUCUGAUGUUCUAGCACCAUCAAAUAAGAGAAGCAAAUCGAAAGUAAAGUCAAUUAGUGAUGUAUCCACUAUUAAUUUCGCCACGAGCAGUAGCAAUACUAGUAUUGUUCCUGGUAGUGAUGCUAAUAUUGUCCAAUUAUUAUGUACAAAAUCACCUGAGGAGGUUAAAGUGAGAAAGGUGUUAAAGAAAGAUAUAAUAAUCAAUGAAUAAAUUUAUUCCUAGUUACUUCAUUUUUUUUCCUUAUUUUCCCUUUCAAUGUUAUCAUGGUAACUGUAUUGCACUCUUAUCAUAGGUAUGCUUAUUGCAACGUUAUUCAUCUAUAUUUUUACUCCAUAUUUCAGCUGAAUAUAAUUUUUUCGUAAUAAAGUUUUCAAAAUUACACUUGUGAUACGUGUGCCGAAAAUGAGAAUUUUGUCUCUUUUAUGCGAAUUGUUUAAUAUUGUAGUUUAACAUCGAAUAAAUGAAGGUUAAAUGGUUAG